AUGAGCUCUCUAGAGAGAAGGAGGGAGAAAAAGCUGCUUUUCGUCUCUCCUUUUCUCGGAUUAAAAAUACACCGACGAAAGAAAGCUUUAUAUCAGAGAUACAAAGCCUUUCUUUAUGCGGCGGGAGACAACGACGACGAUGCGAGACAACUCGCAACAACAAAGAAACAGACGAAGAAACGAACAACUGUGGAGGAUCUUCGCCAUUCUGUAUCUUUUUGUUCCGUGCGGGUGUUGCACCACAUCUGCGGUUCUUUCUGCGCUUUUCCUUUUCGUCUUUUUUUCUCCGAGCUCGUCGUUUCUCCAUUUGUGUCUCGUGCUUUUGGCGUUGUUUGCCCCACCGGUCGUUCUAAAGACGGACUUCUUCUCGGGGAAAAGAAUAUGGCGAAGAAAGGCCGAGCGGCGCGGAUCCUGAACACGCUGCACAAAGUCAACGGGACGAAACAAUCCGAAGCUUUGAAACGGAGGGAGAGGAAACGACCGUCGAAAGAGUUCGGGAAUUUUGCAGGGGAGACGAACACCACGUUGACGACUAAUGGAAAACUGUCCGAGUGGAAGAAAAAAAAGCAAAAACAGAGAGAUAUGAACGAGGCGAAAGAACCGCACGACGGAGCAAUGCACGCGUUAGUAUUCGGAGACGGAGAUUUUAGCUUCAGCGUGGCGUUGGUCACGAUAGCAAACGGUGACGGAGGGAAUUUAGUGUGCACCGGGUUGGAAAAGAACGUGGACGAGAAAACGAAAGAUUUGGUGGAGUGUUUGCUCGAUUCCGGAGCGCGAGUCGCGCACGGCGUGGACGUGUCGAAGAGGUUUGACGAAGAUGUAGGCGCUGGUUUGUUCGAGAGUAAUAGUAGCAAUAGUAAUAAGAAGAAAAAAAUGGACCGGGUGUAUUUCAAUUUCCCGGAUUGCGGGUUCGGAGCCAUGGCGUCGCUCGCGCCUACGAGAAUAGCCAACGAGCGCUUGUUAGAACACCUCUUCGAGAGAAGUUCGGAACAUUUGAAAGUGAAAGGAGAAUUACGCGUGACCUGUUUUGACGACGCAUACGCGGCGGCGAUACCGACCGAGGCGUGCGAGAAGCUCGCGUUCGUGAAGGAAAAAGAACGGUUUCGAUUGAAAGCGAAAGUACCGUUCGUUUGGAGAGAGUUCCCGGGAUACGAAUACAAAAAAAACACGCGAGACGACGACGACGACGAAGAAACAGAAAUGCGAGCGGCAGAAUUAAAAGAAGAAGCUCGUCGUCAUAGUUUUGACGACGCGGAGAGUAAAAAAGCCACCACUUUGGUGUUUGAAUAUUUAGGAAACAACUAG